AUGGAACGUUUUACGUCCGUGGAAAAGUUGAGCGAUUCGGAAACGAAAAAUGAACACUCAGGUGGGCUAGUGAUACGCAAAGACAAAAGCAACGAUGACAUUGUUUUCAAGCAGCCCAAGCCGUCUCUGCUGGGCCUGGACAAAUUGGCGGCGGCUCGCCGCGCAGAACGAAAAGCAGGUAACAAGCUGUCAUUUUACGGUCAUGACUCAGAUGAAGGUGAUGAUCCGGACGAAAAGACUUCUGCGGGAAAAAGACACGACCACCGGGAAUCGUCAUCUCGGAGGCACCGCGAAUCAGAUUAUGGGAGGGAGAAGGAAAGAUCCGAUAGCCGCCGUAAACGUAACAAGCAGGAUGAUUACGAUAAUUCAAAUUCCCGACGAUACCGAGAACGGGCGGUCGAAACUCCCUCGUAUAGCGGCGGGGUAAGUGAUGUUGCCCGGCAAAAGCUUAAAGGAUCAGCGGAACAUGAGGCGUACCGGAAAAAGGGUAGUUUAUAUGCCACUUCGAAAGGUGAACACAGGCGACGGGAAAUGUAUCGACCACCGAGCGUGCGAUCUGUGUCGGAGUCGAGAAGAAGUACAUUCUCACGGUACGAACCGAGCACACCGAGAAGCAGGCACCGCUCGAAACAACCUUCCAGCUCCAACUGGAGCGACGAUGAGGCUGAAGAUGGAGAUCCGGCCGGACCCCGCUCGUCAUGGGAUUUUCCUACGCCAAAACCGUUCUCCGGAUCGGAAUUUACCGAUGCCGAUCGCGAGCAAUGGAAGGAAGAACAGCUGCGGCUUGAUCGCGAAUGGUACGGCAGCGACGACGAGCGGCAGAUGAACGAGUUCUCAGAGCUUAACUCACAGUAUCUACAGCAGCGGGAACAGCAGCAGCAGUCUCGUAACAAUCGCCGAAUAUCCGCCCAGCAGCGACAGAUAAACAAAGACAACGAGCUGUGGGAAAAGAAUCGACUGCUUACGUCAGGUGUCGUAAUGUCCGUUAACGUGAACGAAGAUUUCGACGAAGAGGCAUUGGAGCGGGUGCAUCUUCUCGUACACCACACAGUGCCGCCAUUUUUGGACGGGAGAAUCGUCUUUACCAAACAGCCAGAGCCAGUGGUGCCGGUUCGAGAGCCGACGUGUGAUAUGGCGAUCAAUGCUCGCAAAGGAAGUGCUCUCGUGCGAACCUAUCGCGAGUUGAAGGAGCGAAAGCGUGCCCAAGCAAAACACUGGCAACUGGGUGGCACUAAGUUAGGCAACAUCAUGGGCGUUGCAAAGGACAAGGACGAGCAGGAACCGGGCGAUGACGAGUCGUAUGAUUCUCGAAAAGAUCAAAAGUACGCGGAUCACAUCGCCAAUGCACAGGGUGAUUUUGGACCGCGUCGCAAAACCAUCCAGCAGCAGCGUCGUUCGUUGCCGGUAUUUGCCGUGAGACAGGAUCUGUUAAACAUUAUCCGCGAAAACUCGAUCAUUAUCAUCGUCGGUGAAACGGGAAGCGGCAAGACGACACAAUUGACGCAAUACCUGCACGAAGACGGAUACAGCCGGAACGGAAUGAUCGGAUGCACGCAGCCACGUCGUGUCGCAGCCAUGUCCGUGGCGAAGCGCGUUUCUGACGAAAUGGAUUGUGCCCUGGGACAGGAGGUGGGGUAUGCGAUCCGCUUCGAAGAUUGCACGUCGGAGAAAACCGUCAUCAAGUACAUGACGGACGGUAUACUGUUGCGAGAGAGUUUACGUGAUAAGGAACUGGACAGUUACAGCGUGAUCAUCAUGGACGAGGCGCACGAACGGUCGCUCUCGACGGACGUACUGUUCGGGCUGCUACGUGAGAUCGUAGCGAAACGACGCGACCUAAAGCUGAUCGUCACUUCCGCUACCAUGGACGCUGGGAAAUUCUCCAACUUCUUUGGUAACGUGCCGAAUUUCACCAUCCCGGGGCGAACAUUUCCGGUGGACGUGUUCUACGGAAAGAACGUGUGCGAGGACUACGUGGACGGUGCGGUGAAGCAGGUACUGCAGAUCCAUCUCCAACCGACGGAGGGCGACAUAUUGGUGUUCAUGCCCGGUCAGGAGGACAUCGAGGUGACGUGCGAGGUGUUGGCCGAGCGGCUAGGGGAAAUCGAUAACGCACCGGCCCUGUCAAUUCUUCCGAUCUACUCGCAGCUGCCGUCGGAUCUGCAGGCAAAAAUUUUCCAACGCUCGACGGACGGCACGCGAAAGUGCGUGGUAGCCACCAACAUAGCAGAGACGUCGCUUACCGUGGACGGCAUCUCGUACGUGAUCGAUUCGGGUUACUGUAAGCUGAAAGUGUAUAAUCCACGCAUCGGUAUGGACGCGCUGCAGAUUUAUCCGAUCUCGCAGGCCAACGCGAACCAGCGAUCUGGUCGUGCUGGCCGUACCGGGCCCGGGCAAGCGUUCCGCCUGUACACUGAGCGUCAGUACAAAGACGAGCUGCUGCACCUGACCGUGCCAGAGAUCCAGCGGACCAAUUUGGCUAACACUGUGCUGCUAUUGAAGUCACUGGGCGUGAGCGAUUUGCUACAGUUCCACUUCAUGGACCCUCCGCCUCAGGAUAACAUUCUUAACUCGCUCUAUCAACUGUGGAUUCUGGGUGCACUCGAUCAUACAGGUGCACUUACGCCUCUGGGUCGUCAGAUGGCGGAGUUUCCGCUUGAUCCGCCCCAAUGUCAGAUGUUGAUCGUGGCUAACGAGAUGGGUUGCAGUGAAGAAAUUUUAAUCAUUGUAUCGAUGCUAUCUGUGCCGUCUAUUUUCUAUCGGCCCAAAGGUCGCGAAGAAGAAGCAGACAGCGUGAGAGAAAAGUUUCAGGUUCCGGAAUCCGACCAUCUCACGUACCUGAAUGUAUACCAACAGUGGAAGAUGAACAAGUACUCGGGCUCAUGGUGCAAUGAACACUUCAUCCACGUUAAGGCCAUGCGAAAGGUUCGCGAAGUGCGUCAGCAGUUAAAGGACAUUUACAGUCAGCAACAACGGUUAACGCUCAAGUCCUGCGGUACAGACUGGGACGUCGUGCGUAAGUGUAUCUGCUCGGCAUACUUCUACCAAGCGGCUCGUUUGAAGGGCAUCGGCGAGUACGUGAACUUACGUACGGGCAUGCCCUGCCACCUGCAUCCUACUUCUGCACUGUACGGAUUGGGUACCACUCCGGAUUACGUCGUGUAUCAUGAGUUAAUUAUGACGGCGAAGGAGUACAUGCAGUGCGCAACCGCCGUCGAUGGUUACUGGCUAGCCGAGCUGGGACCAAUGUUCUUUUCCGUGAAAGAAACGGGCAAAAGCGGGCGAGAUAAACGCCGCCAAGCUGUCGAGCACCAGAACGCGAUGGAAGUGCAGAUGCGCGAAGCUCAGCAGCAAAUGGAGCAACGAAAGCAGGACGAAGAAAAGCACAAAUUCACCAUCAAACAGGAAAUCGUCACACCCGGUGCGACUCCCCGUCGUACACCAGCCCGCAUCGGCCUGUGA